AUCUUCUGUUCUUUACCCUAGUUUAUAUAUACAUUACUAGAUGCUCCGACUUCCUUUGAUUUAACCCGUUGUUACGCUCGUGCGCGUCCGCCAUGGAUUCUGAUCGCCCCUUCGACACGAGUCUCAAUCUUGGUUUAGGCUUCUAUGGGGAUCCCGGAGAUCACGAGAUCAAGAUCAAGAAGCCGCUCGUGAAGCUUAGUGAUAACUGGGUCGCGUGCCUCACGAUAGGGUUACCCGGCGCAGAGGUGCGAGGGCCAGGAUUCUCAAGCGGAGAAGAAGCCGGGACGACGGUGGCAAGCGGGCCAGCGUCCUCGUUCUCGAACUCGAGCAGCGUGAAGAGAGAGAAGAUGGAGCAAGGAGAAGAGGACGCGGUUGACAUAGUGGUGAUCUCGCCAAGGGCGACUCCCGAUGUCGAAGAUGACGAUGAGUUCAGCCCCAGGAAGAAACUCAGGCUUUCUAAAGCACAAAGUUCUAUUUUGGAAGAGAGCUUCAAAGUGCACACAACCCUCAACACUAAACAAAAGCACGAUUUGGCAAACCAGUUGAAUCUCCGCCCGCGGCAAGUGGAGGUGUGGUUCCAGAAUAGGAGAGCCAGGACUAAAUUGAAACAAACUGAAGUAGAGUGCGAGAUGCUGAAGAAAUGCUGCGAAACCCUAAAAGAGGAGAACAGGAGGCUGAGAAAGGAGUUGCAAGAGCUCAAGUCGAUGAAGCCGGCCGCGUCGGUUUAUAGGCAGAUCCCCGCGGCCGCUCUCCCUCUGUGCCCUUCUUGCGAAAGGAUCGGCCAUCCAGAUUUCCCUUUCUCUAAUGAAUCUCGACUUUGGCCGAACCGGCCGGCUCAUCCAUCGGCCGCUUGUUAGGCGUAAUCUUUUUAGGCAAGAAACCUUACAUAGUUAAUACUGAGUUUUGGAUCUUUCCUUCUUCUUCUGCAUAAAUACUCACCUGGGCCUCUCUACUUUAUCAAUUGGUUAGUGGACUCACUUUAGUGACUCGCCGGUAAGUUUUCAUUGCAUAGAGAUAUACUUAUUGUGAAUAUAGGAUAUGAUGCUAUAUGAAUUGUUCAUGGAAGGUAAA